CUUCCUAUCAUCCAAAAGAAAAUCGUUGGAGCCACUCCACAAAAAGAAAAGAUGGCGACCACAACAUCAACCCGAGCCAUAGCCUUCGCUAUUGCCAUUCUCUCGGUCGCCAUCCAAGCCGUUCACGCUGACUAUUACCGGCCACGACCACCUACACUUAUGAGCCCUCCUCCAUACGGCGCGGAGCCCAAGCCGCUCCCAACUCCGAGCCCAAAACCUAUCCUCUACCAUCCUCCUCCCACCUACAACUACCAGCCACCCACGGGCUCGUUUGAAGAUCAGUUCCUUGCUCCACAUAAUUCUGUUCGGACCAGCUUAGGUCUGUCUCCAUUGGUUUGGGACGGCAGGAUCGCAAGCUACGCAACUUGGUGGGCUAACCAGAGGCGGUAUGAUUGCUCUCUAACCCACUCAACUGGUCCAUACGGUGAGAACUUGUUUUGGGGAAGUGGCUCAGACUGGACACCGACUUUCGCUGUGGAGUCAUGGACCGUGGAGGCCAAGUCAUACAACCACAUGACCAACUCGUGUGAAGGCGGUAUGUGCGGUCACUACACUCAGAUCGUGUGGCGUGACACCAAACGGCUAGGUUGCGCUCGAGUUGUCUGCGAGAACGGCGCAGGAGUUUUCAUUACUUGCAACUACGACCCACCGGGUAACUACGUUGGAGAGAAUCCUUACUAACUUUGUCUAACACUUGGUUUUACAAUUAAGUCGUUGGUGAAUUCUUAAUCUGUGUUUUAAAUCUUCGUGGCUUUUAUUUCCUCUUGUGAGCUAAUUAUUGCGUGGAUCUUAUGGUGGUGUUACGAGCAGUUUGUUGUUUGUU